ACAUCUUUCAAAAGCCAUCAACACGCGACACCAGUCUGACAUGACUCAGUUGUUGGACUAUUACCACUGACCCUUCCAUGCUGAAACUGAAAAUAUCGUAUGCUGACCAUCAUUGUUGGCUGUAAGGAAUAUCAAGCUGAGAGAAAAGCAUGGCGGGUGCUUUAAAGGUUUUCCUCCUUCUACUUCAAGGUAGCUUAUGCUUGACGUUUGAAAUCACCAUGCCUCUGAGAAUAGAGGGACUAACUGGAUCCUGUGUGAAGGUCCCCUGCACUUUCGACUUCGACUCGCAGUAUGAUGUAAAUCUGGAUGAUUCCUGCAAAGCAAUUUGGAUGAGAGGAAGCACGGCCGGAACAGUUGUGUUUGAUUCCAGCCUCACUGGAGAUCAGGCAAGCAGAAACAUUCUGCAAGGAAACCUCACAGGGAACCUGCAGAACAAGGAGUGCACCACCAUCUUCUACAACAUGCCACCGUCCCAUUCUGACAACUACUACUUCAGGAUUGAGUGUAACGGCCUGAAGUACCACUUUCCAACAGGAGUCCGUAUCACCACUCAAAAUUCACUGGACCAACCUACCAUAACUCCAUCUACACUGGAGGUAGAGGAGGGGGCUCUGGUGACGUUGAGCUGCACGGCUGUAGCUCCGUGUCCCAUCCUUCCCCCAGGUCUGACUUGGACCCCCAGGAUAGGUGACAUUGAGGAGAAACAUGAAUCUGAAUCCAUGGUCUCUGUUAUGAACUUCACCUCUUCUUACCUCCACAAUGGACAGAACUUUUCGUGCACCGCUGUCUACAAACGACAAGCUGGCAACACCGACCUUCGGUUUGAAAAGUUUAUGACCCUCCAUGUUCUUUAUCCUCCAAAGACCACAUCAGUCAGCUACUCUGCUACAGUAAAAGAGGGCAGCUUGGUGAAUCUGACCUGCAACGGCAAUGCCAAUCCAGCUGUGUACACUUGGUACAAAGUGAAUGGAGGUCAGGUGACCGAUGUGGGUUCGGGGAAAAGGUUUUCAACCACUGUGUCAGAAGUUGACAGACACUUUUACUGUAAAGUCAGUAACAGAUACGGAACCCAGAACUCAUCCAUCACUCAGAUAGACGUACAAUUUCCUCCCAAGGAAACUGCAAUAAUCAUUGAGCCUAAAGGUCCACUUUUGGAGGGCAGCUCUGUUUCUCUGCUUUGUAAAAGCCGGGCCAACCCACCUGUGACCAACUACACCUGGUACAAAGGUGAUGAAGAGGAAAAGGAGGCUGGAUCAAGUUUGGUUUUAAACGAUGUCAAACCAAGCAGCAGUGGUGACUAUUACUGUGUAGCAGAAAAUGAGCAUGGGGACCAAAAUUCAACACUGAUUCGGCUUGACAUUCAGUUUCCUCCCAAGGAAACUGCAAUAAUCAUUGAGCCUAAAGGUCCACUUUUGGAGGGCAGCUCUGUUUCUCUGCUUUGUAAAAGCCAGGCCAACCCACCUGUGACCAACUACACCUGGUACAAAGGUGAUGAAGAGGAAAAGGAGGCUGGAUCAAGUUUGGUUUUAAACUAUGUCAAACCAAGCAGCAGUGGUGACUACUACUGUGUAGCAGAAAAUGAGCAUGGGGACCAAAAUUCAACACUGAUUCGGCUUGACAUUCAGUAUCCUCCAAAGAACACAUCAGUCAGCUACUCUGCUACAGUAAAAGAGGGCAGCUUGGUGAAUCUGACCUGCAACGGCAAUGCCAAUCCAGCUGUGUACACUUGGUACAAAGUGAAUGGAGGUCAGGUGACCGAUGUGGGUUUGGGGAAAAGGUUUUCCACCACUGUCUCAGAAGUUGACAGACAGUUUUACUGUAAAGUCAGUAACAGAUACGGAACCCAGAACUCAUCCAUCACUCAGAUAGACGUACAAUUUCCUCCUAAGGAAACUACAAUAAUCAUUGAGCCUAAAGGUCCACUUUUGGAGGGCAGCUCUGUUUCUCUGCUUUGUAAAAGCCGGGCCAACCCACCUGUGACCAACUACACCUGGUACAAAGUUGAUGAAGCGGAAAUGGAGGCUGGAUCCAGUUUGGUUUUAAACAAUGUCAAACCAAGCAGCAGUGGUGACUACUACUGUGUAGCAGAAAAUGAGCAUGGGGACCAAAAUUCAACCCUAAUUCGGCUUGACAUUCAGUAUCCUCCAACGAACACAUCAGUCAGCUACUCUGCUACAGCAAAAGAGGGCAGCUUGGUGAAUCUGACCUGCAACGGCAAUGCCAAUCCAGCUGUGUACACUUGGUACAAAGUGAAUGGAGGUCAGGUGACCGAUGUGGGUUCGGGGAAAAGGUUUUCCAUCACUGUCUCAGAAGUUGACAGACACUUUUACUGUAAAGUCAGUAACAGAUACGGAACCCAGAACUCAUCCAUCACUCAGAUAGACGUACAAUUUCCUCCCAAGGAAACUGCAAUAAUCAUUGAGCCUAAAGGUCCACUUUUGGAGGGCAGCUCUGUUUCUCUGCUUUGUAAUAGCCGGGCCAACCCACCUGUGACCAACUACACCUGGUACAAAGGUGAUGAAGAGGAAAAGGACGCUGGAUCAAGUUUGGUUUUAAACAAUGUCAAACCAAGCAGCAGUGGUGACUACUACUGUGAAGCAAAAAAUGAGCAUGGGGACCAAAAUUCAACACUGAUUCAGCUGGACAUUCAGUAUCUCCCUAAGAACACCUCGGUGUCUGUUGACCCCUCUGGUCCGGUGCAGGACGGCAGCUCUGUAACUCUGACCUGCACAAGCAUCGCCAAUCCAGCAGCAGUGAACUUCACCUGGUUCAGGGCGGCUGGAAUAGAGGAGAAGGUGAUGGGCUCUGAGAGAGACCUCACCUUCAAUGUGACCAAACUCUCAGAAGAUCAGUAUUACUGUGAAGCUCUGAAUGUCCACGGACCUGGCACCUCAGAGCAUGUCAGCUUUGACGUCACAUUUCCUCCAGAGAUCCUGUCUUCUUCCCGUUGCAUCAAGAUUUCAUCCAUGAUCAGAUGUUCCUGCUACAGCCAGGGGAACCCGCCUCCCUCCCUGGUUUGGAAGUUGGCCGGAGAGCCUGUCAAUCACUCUGCUGCCAUCACAAUCAGGGAAGAGUCCCUGGGGAACGUGGGCAUGAAGAGCAUCAUCACCCUGUACGAUCUGGACGAAGACACGCUCUCUCUAGUCUGCCUCAGCAUCAACUCACUGGGAUUUGACAGUUUUGCUUUUAACAUGUCGCUUAGCAAAGGCCUCCACUUGUUGUCUUUUGGGAUCGGUUUUGUAGUGGCAGCUCUGGGGAUGCUGCUGGUGGGUGUACCGCUGCUGAUAAUCUACUACCGGAGGGGAAAAGUCAUCUCUUCCUCGGACAAGGGAAAGGCGGAGACAUGCAACCCUGUAGUUACUGAUGUGAUCAACUCUUCAAAAGUGGAUGUGAUUUAUGCUAAUAAAGCUUUUCUGGAAGAGAAAGAUGUAGCUGAGGAAGAACCUCUCCAUUACGUCAAUGUGUACUUUGCUAAACUGCAGGCCCAUUCAAAGGGUAAGCCUGGGGAAGAGAUUAGAGGCCUGGACUCAAAGACGGAGUAUGCUGAGAUCCGUCUGCAGUCCAGAGGAAACAUCGGAGGAGAUGCAGAGGAAGAAGAGAACGUUUCUGACACUCAAUUGGAACAAGAGAAGACGCCUUAGUCUCAUAGACCUUGAGGUGAAAUGUUUAUGGCUGACGUUUAAGGGAAAUGUUAGUGAAAUACAGCAAUGUGCGCUUCAAACUGCUACAGGACUUCACCAUACAAGCAGAUCCCCGCUGAGAUAAAACUGCAGAAGCGGUAGUAGAAACUGCUCUGCAUGCAACCUAUUUAAAACGUAGUCACACUUGUUGCUUCAAGUUUAGUUCUGGACUUUUGUAACUGUACCCCUUUUUUUGUGUCCAUAAGAUGCAUAGCAAAACAAAAUCACUAUAAAAUGAAUACAUACUGUAUAGCAGGUAGUUACCCUGGAAUUUCCUCCUUUGAAAUCAUGACUUUUACUAUAUUUAAUAUUUGAAUGCUAUUUUGUCUUCCUGAUUUUACAUUAAAAACCUUUGCAAAGCAAGAAAGAAGCAGCUGGACAUAGCUUGUCACACUUUUUAAUCGAUUUUUUUUUUCUCUAAAAUACAAAAACAAAGACAUUUUGUUGGCAGUUAUACAACAGCGGAAUUCAAAACCCUUCCCUUCAAAGCCUGUGCGUGGGUUGGCACUGGUCUCUCCUAGACCUACACAUAGCAGUCACUAUGUACUGUAGUAUAUUCCCCUCAAAGCUGCAGUGUUUAAGGGGAAUGGCUUUUGGGGCUGUUCCCUGGCCUUCACAUAGCAGCCAGUUUCACUAGGUAGUACAUUCCCCUCAAAGCCACGGUGUUUAAGGGGAAUGGCCACGUGGCAGCUUCGCCAGGCCCUCAACUUAUCAGACUAACAUCACCAGCGUCAGUCACACAGUUUUGGGGGAUGAGUAUCCAAUCUCCAUGCAGUGUUGGGGGAUAGUUAUCUAAUCAUCACUCAAUGUUCUAUGUAUAUCUGUGGAGUGAUGAGGCACGAGCCUAGACGCCAAACAAAAAUGAUAUGCUGCUUCUAAUAAAUAUAUCAAGAAACAAGUGAGUUAUCUGACUGAUAUGGGGCGAAGCCUGCGAGCUAGUUCAGGCAGUCAACUCGCCAAUGAUACAUUAACACGUGACGCGCCUCGUCCCUCUUACAAC